AUCCUUGUCACCCCCUUAUCUAUGAUCCUUGUUUUUUACCAAAUCAAGAGUGAGAUAAACACAGUAGACGUUACACGUGACUUAUUUCGUUCAAGUUUAAACCAGCCAUCAGGAAAAAAUAAAAAGUAGAAUCUAUGGUUAUGAAAAUUUUUGUAAAACAAUUUUGUUAUGGCAGAUAAAGCGGAUUGGAGAAUUAACGAUAAGUUUCGAAAACCUAGACGAACCAAAGGUACUCCAGCCUUUCAGUUAAGAAACUAUUUUGCCUUUGGAGGGUUAGCUUUUGGAGCCGUUUCUUGGUAUCUUUGGGAACAUUGGUCCGCUACACAGAAAGUUAAAAGAGGUCUCCUUGAGGGUAAAUUUGAUCUGCCGGAUGGUUUUAAGACAAAAAUUAGCCAUAUACAAGCUUCGACAAGGGGUGGUGGAGUGGAUGAACUGUUAGCGAAAGCCAGGGAGAGAGAGAUUCAAAAAUAUGCCCCGGACAAGCCAGAAGACAUCCCAUGGUUCAUCAAAAUCUUUACUUCAACACCUGAUACAUAAAAAUGGAUCUAAAACGCCUGAAAAAGAAAAGGCGUUAUCAUCGUCAUCAUCAUCUGAGGAUAUAUCUUCACCAUAUAAAAACUCAUUAACCAAAAUAAAAACCGAAAAUAAGGAUGAUACUGACGAUUUCAAAACUCCCAUUAAAAUGUUUACGAAGAUGUUCAAGCAAGCACCUUCAAAAAAAGGAAAGUCAAAUGCCAAAAGAUCUAGUAAGAUAAAAAAUCCUAUGAUAAAACGCACAAAAGACAACUUCAAAAAUUUGGAUGUGGACGCUGAGCAGCUACAAAUGGCUAUAGCUUUGUCGAAGUCUACGUUUGCACAGGAAUAUCCAGAACAGGCUCUUGAGAAUACAGAACCAGAUUUGCCUACGUUUUUGUCUCCAAAUAAUAUCCCGAAAUGUACUACUUUUCUUGAAAAGUAUGGUUUUAAAACCAAGAGGUCAACGUUACAAGCAGAUGUCAAUGGAGAAGUAAUUAGAUUUCAGGAAACAAAGAGACCAAAAAAGUCCAAGUACCGAUUCGUAACACCGGUUCUUUUUCUUCGUAGUGAUAAGGAAAGACAAGAUUUAAUUGAUAACAAAGUUUCUCGAUUAUUAAGCGAACAAAAAGAAAACACAUUCAAAAACACCAACAUAUAUUCUGUCGAACUGAACAGCACAUUUUUAGGAGAUUAUGCCGAGGAAAAGAAAUGUUGGCAAAUGAACUGUUUUAACGAUUUCGACGCGUACAUUUGCCCUUCUCUUGAACUGUCUCCAACUAAGGCUGCAGCAGGAUAUCUUCUUAAAGAUUGGGAGAACAUUCCAGGUAGAGCCAGGUCACCAAUUCCAGAUAGAGUAUCUAAAGAGAUUAGUGAUGAUACUAUGGAAUGUCAACAUUCGAGCAUGAAGUCAAAUGAAAUGUUUAUAACUCAAGAGUGUUCUUCAAUAAACCAAGAAGGUAGUACCAGGUCACCAAUUCCAGAUACAGGCUCUAAAGAAAUUUGUGACGAUGAUACUACGGAACUUCAACACUUGAGCAUGAAGUCAAAUGAAACCCUUAUUAUUACUCAAAAGUGUUCUUCUAUAAGCCAAGAAGGUAGAACCGGAUCACUAAUUCCAGAUACAGCGUCUAAAGAAAUUAGUGACGAUGAUACUACGGAAUUUCAACAUUCGUGCAUCAAGUCAAAUGAAACCCUUAUAAAUCAAGAGUGUUCUUUAAUAAACCAAGAAGAUAAAAUGUGUUUGGAUGCUCAGAGUAACAAAGAAAGCGAGAAUGAGUAUGCCAUCGAUGUUAUAGUAGAUGCAGAAGUUGCAAUGUCGUUCAAAGUCUGUAAUAUAGAACAAGCAGUGCAGAAAGAAACACAUGGUUGUGAUAAACUUGAUAUAAGCGUAAACAAAGUUGAUAAAUGUAUUUCUCCAGAUUUAUUUGACUCAGAUAAUGAUAACGAAGAUUACAAAUCUCCAAGUAAAAGUUUUUCAAAAGAUAAAAACGUAACCAAAGAAAAUUUGCUGGAUUCACCCACAGAUCUUAAAGAUAUGGCUCGAGAUAAGAGAUCACAUAUUGGUGUUGAAGAGUCACCAAUAAAAUCUAGAUAUUUUGAAACUAGUCCAGAUAACUUAAAAAUGUCUUCCCUCAGUAAAGACAUGGUGCAGAAAAUUAGAUGUAAUUUGUAUAAUAAAGGAAUAUCUUGUGAUCCACCGAAGUAUUCACUAGAUGUAAAACCUCUUGAUUUAACGGUUGAUACAGUAGUACUGGAAAAUAGGUCUAGACUUAACAGUAGUGAAAGAGUUAAUGAUAGAACACAAGAAAGUCAAGAUAAAGUAUAUAAAAACGAUAUAUGUGAGGAGAAACAUUUUAAUUCAUGUGAUAACUCUUCUGAUAAAGAAAUAACAAUGUAUGAUAUACCGGAUGGUACAAUACUUGAAAAUAAAGAAAAUCCUAUUCGUGAUAUAUCAAAAGCUUCAAAUGAUUCCGUGUCUGAAUCCAGUAAACAAAGUCAAAGGAAAAACUUAUACAAAAACAAACCAUAUAAUGGUGAACCGACUAAAAGUUCGAUUCAGAAUAUUUCAUCAACUAAAGAAGUAUUUCAGAAAGAAGUUUUUGAUUUUGAAGUGAAAAAUUCUGCAAAAAAUGAUGAGAAUGUGCAUGCUUUGUCGUGUACUGAAUCUGAAACGGAAUCAACAAAACUCUCUGAGCAAUUACCAGUCUAUUCGAAUAACUCGAGCCUUCCUUAUUCUAGUAAAGACACGUGUAAGAGUACUACGGUAGUAUUGUCAACUAAUCAAUCGCCAAAGAGAUCUUAUCAGAAGGUUUCAUGCGUAGAUUUAUCUGACGAUGACUUAACCCAGAAUGUAGCAAUUUCCAGUAAAAAUAACUCGAAGUCAGAUUCUUUUGUAACUAAAAGGAAGAAACAGUUUGCGAAAUUUUACAGUAGUGAGAUGUUAGACAUGGAUUUGUCUGAUAGCGAGAUACCAAAUAGCGUAAAUUUGUCUGCAAAAUCCAAAAGUGUAUCUGAUGAUAUGUUAGGCAUAAGCCUCCAUGAGAAAAAGAAUAGUUCCGGGUUACGUAAAGAUGCAAUCAUAGAUUUAUCUCAAACCGAUUCCAACGAUUCAGAAUCUGGUCCUUUAGACGCUCAUAAAGGUAAUCUUAGCUUUUAUGAGAUUGACUUGGCUAAAACAACAAAAGAAGCGAUAGGUGAUCAGGAUCAAGAUACUGCCAACAGUGGUGAUGAAUUUGGUAAGCCAGUUGAAGGGAAUGAAGAAUUUGUGGAUUUAACGCAAAGUUCAGACGACAACACUAAAGACAGUGGAGACGUGAAUGACAAAGUUAUCACAGAACCCAAUCCGCAAUGUAGAAAUAAAAAAAAGCUUGAAGAUUCAUCUAGACAAUCUUUUGGCACAAAGACUUAUUCUAGAGAUUCUGGCAAUAUUUCGUGUGAGUUCAGCUCUACAAAGUCAUUGAAUGUAACCGAUUACGUCCUAGGUAUUUUAAACUUAGAAGAUGAUGCAGCUACAGAGAAUAAUGUGAAACAUAGUGAAGACCUUCCAGAUGCUGAAUAUUUUAGUCAGAGCCACAGUACUUGUUCACAAGGAAGUAUAGAGGUACUAGAUGAUGAAGAGUUAAAUUAUUCAAUGAAGUUUAGUGCUCAAAAUCACAAGAAUUUUUAUAAUCUAACUAAUUUUGAUGAUAUGUGUGUUGGUCAUGGUAAUGAACCUAAGGAUAUUGAGGCGGUACAUUUAGAACUGAAGAAUAAAUACUGCCAACAGAACAAUAUUGAUGAUGACCAUGAUGAUAAUGGUAAAGAAAUAUCUGAGGAGCCCGUGUCAACAAAUAGAUACUUGGAACCAAUGGAAACAACUGAUUUAGAUGAACCCAGCCCAACAAGCAGUAAAACACAUGUGGUAAAUGAUAUAAAUACAGAAACUCCGGACAAAAACUCCAAACUCAACUACAAAUCAACUACCAACACUAAUACCACCCCAAAUGGAAAUGUUAUUAUAAAAACUAACAAUAUUACCCCAAUGGCAAAUUACGAUGCCAUGAAUUCUCCUCAAAUUAGAGUAGAAUUGGAUAAAUUUGGAAUCAAACCCUUAAAAAGACGAAGAGGUAUACAGCUGCUGAAGUAUAUAUACGAUACAACGCACCCAUUUGUGCAGGAUGAAAACGUAGAAGAGGUAUCUGAAGAGGAACAAACAAGAGAAGCUAAGAGAAGAAAAUUGUCAGAUAAAUUUGAAAAGACUGAGAGCAUUAACAUUGUUGGAAGCUCUUUAAUUGAAAGUGAGCAGGAGAGCGACUUAUUAUUCGAGAGAAAAUUCAGAAAAACAAUAAUGUCUUGUCGAGUUCCGUUACAACUAGCAUGGUACAAUUUUUUAUGCUGUAAUCCGUCCCUUUCACAAAGUAUCGUUUUAUAUGAACCCAUUCAAUUAGAAGUAAUUCAUUCAAUGUUAAAAGAACAAUCUGGAUGCAAUUUUCAUGUUGAGGAUCUCAUAACCUUUCUAGAUAAAAAAUGUAUUACCUUCCGUACUAAUCAAUGGCAGGCAAGCAGAAAAAAGGCGAAAGAAAAAAGUUGAUGAUGGUUUUAUUCAUUUUUGUAUAGGUCAAAUAUAAUUUAUACUGUAAAAAAUCUUUAAAUAAACUUUGCAAAACUUUAUUAAUUUCUAUAACAUAUGCUUGUGUUAUAUACAAUUUUAUUAUAGCAAAUUUUAAUUAUUUUCAUAUUAUAAAAUAAUAUAAAAUGUUUUAAAAUAAACUUUAUAAAUAAUA